CGCCCAUAAAAAACGAAAAAAAUCGAGCUUCCGCUCUAAAUGAGAAAGAACAUUUACAGGAUCCAAGUAUCAGUGAUCUUAGUGUGUCGAAAGAUAUGUGUACUAAAUAUGCACAAUCUGAAGAGAGUAUUAUGGGAGGAAAUACAGAGGAAAGACCCGAAAAUAGCUCUUCAAAAAUUCCCGCCUUGGAAUUUCAUUUCAAAUCAAAAGAAAACGUCAAAGAUAAACGUCGACAUGUACAUCCAGUGGAAUUUGAAGAACAUAGGAGUGUUAGAAAUGUCCUAACUAGAAUGGAAGAUGCCAAUGAAAGGAAGGGUCCUUUAAGCUUGUUGUAUCGAUGUGUCAAAGAGCGCCUGAAAGUUAGAGUUGUAACACGCAGUUACAGACAUGUCCGAGGAGUAUGUAUCGGCUAUAUUGUAGCCUUCGAUAAGCAUUGGAAUUUGGCCAUGCUAGAUGUUGAUGAGACUUACAUGAAACCUCUUGCCCUUACACAGAACAGCAGAAUGAAAAGAUGGAAGAAAAAGAAUAAGAAAAAACCUGGUCAACAACAAGCACCUGGUAGUGACAUGAAAACUGCUGAAUCUGAUAUUAACGAACAGCUGGCUAAUAUUAGUAUUAACAAUGAUGCUGGUUCUGGUAAUAAUACCCUGAAAACUGACACUGCCAAAGAGAUUGAUUCCAAUUGUAGUGAGGCCAUAGUUACUUGUGAGGAUGCAAAUUCUAACAAAACCAAAACUGAUGUAUUAAAAAUUAAAAACAAUAUAGAAGUUGUGGAUCCACAAGGUGGCAAAGCAAAUGAACAAUUUGGAGGUAAAAACGAAUGUAAUGUCAAUGAUAAUGAUAAUGAACAGGCUACAAUUGAAAAUGAGCCUAUUGAAAUUGAUGAGACUGAACUGAACGUAAAGAGAAUGGAUGGACUUCAAACUGAUAACAACUCAGAUGUGAAAUGUCUCACAAAUGAAACUCCUUUCAAACCUCCAAAUGUCUCCAAUGAGAUAAAUUUGGAUUACAAUGAAGUCAGUCUAGAUUAUAAUGACCUGAGCUUAGAUAAUGAUCACGACCCUUUUGUUAAAAAGAAGUUUCAUCCACACAAUAAUGAUAAGGUUAUGCAGCUUGAUGGACAUGUUGAAGUGAGUAGUGAUGAGGAUGAUGACAACAAUGAUGAUGACUCUAAUAGGGACAACAGCUCAAGUGAUGACAAUGAUGAGACAAGUGAUGAUACUGACAGUGACAAUGAUAAUAUAGAAGAUGAAAUUGAUGUAGGAGAUAUUGAUGGAAAUGAAGCUGAAAUUGAACAAGAAAAAACGGUUGCAGAAGAUAAUGAGAAAAUCAGUAAUUAUGACACUAAAAAUGAUAAUGUUAAAGAGCCUGAAACAGCUGAAAGUGAUGAUGGUGAAAUUACAGAUAGUGACAUUGAAAUAGAAUUAGAAGUCCCCGAUAUGGCUGAGGAAGAGGGUGAAAAUAUCACUGAUUUACACACUGAGCGUGACAUCCUACAACAACAAUUAGAUGGACUUAGUGAGGGAGAAAUUCCAAGCUCUGAUGAUGGAGAAAUAGUGGAAGAUGACGAAGUCAAACAUGAGAAGAUAAAAGAUAAAUCUCAUAAGAAAAAAAGACAUAAAGAUAAACAUAAAAAACAUUCUGAGGGAAAACAUAGAGAAUAUUCAAAAGAUGAUUAUGAAAGAAGUAAACACUUGAAAGAUAGGCAUGCAACACGGAAACACUCAAAAGAAGAUAAGGAGAAACGAAGUAGAUCAAAACAUUCCACAGAUAAAGAGGACAAACAUCACAAAUCUAAACAUAAGGAUGAUGAUGGAAAGCAUAGAGACAAGUCAAAAACAAAAUCUAAACACCACAAAUCAAGCCAAGGUGAAGCUAGCAAAAGACAGUCUGAAGAGUUUGAUUUAAGGUCUAAACUUGAAGCUCUUAAAAAGUCCAAAAUAUCUGGAGGACUUAGGCCUAGACCUCCCUCACCAUACAUGAGUAGAUCUAAAUCUCCAACUAGUGGCAGACCAAGAUCUCCAAGAACACUUCAUUCACCAACUAGUUUUAGGCCACAGUCUCCAUUUGAAAGACAUUCAUAUUCCCCUGAAAGGAGGCCUCCAUCUCCACAUGAUGGGAGACCUGAAUUUAGAUCUCGAUCCCCUGGAAGAUCUAGAACACCUCCACUGAGGAGGCCAAUAUCUCCCCAUAGAAAUAGAGCAAGGUCUCCACCAAGAAUAAGAUCCAGAACUCCACCACCUAGGUCAAGAGCAAGAUCUCCAGAUAGACCUAGAUCUCCAGGUAGACCUAGAUCUCCACUUGACAGAAGGUUGAGAUCCCCUGAAAAUAGACCAAGAUCACCUCGUGGGAAAAGACCUAGAACCCCUGGGCGACCUAGAACUCCAGAGAGACCAAGAACCCCUGAGCGACCUAGAACUCCUCGUGGAAUAAGAUCCAGGACUCCAGAGAGACCAAAGUCUCCAAGGAUACCAAGAACUAAAGAUAGAAACAUGUCUGAAAGACCAUUACAUGAUAAAAUGAGAGCAAAAUCACCUAAAAGGAGAUCAAAAUUAUCUAGGAGGAGAUCAAAAUCACCUAAGAGAUCAAAAUCACCUAGGAGAAGAUCAAAAUCACCUAAGAGAUCAAAAUCACCUAAGAGAUCAAAAUCACCUAGGAGGAGAUCAAAAUCACCUAAGAGAUCAAAAUCACCUAGGAGGAGAUCAAAGUCACCUAAGAGGAGAUCAAAAUCACCUAGGAGGAGAUCAAAAUCACCUAAGAGGAGAUCAAAAUCACCUAGGAGGAGAUCAAAAUCACCUAAGAGGAGAUCACAAUCACCUAGGAGGAGAUCUAAAUCACCUACGAGAUCAAAAUCACCUAGGAGAUCACAAUCACCUAAAACCAGAUCUGAAUCAUCAAACAGAAAAUCUAAAGUUAAUGAGAGAGUAUCUUCAAAAGAUGAAAAUAAUUUAAAAACUAAACUUAAGGACCAAAGUUCUUUUGUAUCAGUUGAUCAACAGGAUCUAGAUUCAAAAAGAAAAUCAAGGCCAAGCUCUAGAGAAGGACAAGAAUUGAAAAAUAAGAAUAUUGAUAUUGGUGCUGUUGCCAUGGAUACCACUGAGGAUGUCCCAGAAUGUGGUUACUACGGCGAUGCUACAAUAGAAAUGCAAUCCAAUGUUGUUUUACGUCAUGUUAAUCAGCUUUUCCUGCGCGGAGACAAUGUGGUGCUUGUUUCAAUAAUUACUUACUAG